AAUAUGUGGAUUUAUUUUAUUUAAUUUUUAGGACAAAACAUGUAGCUAAUUAAUUAUGAACCAUACCACUGCUGUACUUAUUAAACUUUAGGAGGAGUCAGACUGCAGUAUGAAAAAAGGGGCCGAACCGAACCGAUACGGUUCGGUUCGGUUUAAAUAAAUAAUAAUAUCGAACCGAACCGACUUAGGUUAAAAUUAAAGAAAAGAAGCCUGUCGUUUAAUCCCUGUCUUUCUUAGUUCUUCCGUUCUUCGUCCUUCUUCAAACGGAACUUUCUCCGUCAUUCGUUCUCUCAUUCUACGGCGUGGGUUUGGCAUUUACGGUAUCCUCUCUGUCAUUGUGGAUCUCCUCUUCAUUCUCCAUCAUUCUCCGGCGUGGGUUUGCUUUUUUACGGUAUCCUCCGGCGUGGGAUCGAUUGAGCUUUAUAAUCAGUUUGAAAGGCUGCUGAACAAGAAGUAACCGUGCUGAUUGGUGGAGCUCGACUUUCCGACGACAAGGAAUGUUUAAAAGUACAUGGAUGUAAGGAAUAGAGAGGACACCUACAAAAGAAAUGAUUUGGGAAGGUAGAAGUCCUUAGAAGAAUAUGGGGGAUUCCAUGGAUUCUACUGAAGCUGAUAACCUUCAGGAGAAGUUAGCAUCCAUGCUUGACCAGCUCUACUUAGAAAGUGGCAUUCUACAAAAAAUGAUUUAUAAGAACAAGAACCAGCACCGUCGGAGUUUCUAUUUUCGAUAUCUUUUGCAGGUGAGGAGAGAUUUAAGACUUCUACAUGCUGUCAAGUUGGAGGAGUUGUUAAGUUCCUGCUUUCAAGUUAUUGACGGAAAGAAACCUAAGCAAAAGAUUCAUUUUUUAGAAAGUUUAAAACGGAGGAAAUGUGAAGUUGGGAAAUAUAAUUUCAUGGAACGGCUUCUGGGGGCUGUUCGCCUUCUGUCACAGAUGGUGGAGCCAAUUUUUAAGGCAGCAACUGAGAUAUCUAUCUUGCUUGCUCGAACAUUUUUUCCAGGGUUUUGCUUUGUAAUUUUGGCAUUACUUGCACGUAUUCGGGUGUUAGUUCAACAAAUACUGCUUGAUGUUGUUUUAGUAUUCAACACGGUUUCAUCUAUCUCCAAAAAGAAGCAAGUAGCUGCAAUAAACCAGGAAGGAAUUCAGGUCUUUAGGGAGUUUUACCCAACGAAUGAUGAAUUUGUCCUCUUAGAGUGUAUUUGGGAAGUAGACAAAUUUAUUUUGAAAGAGAAAAUACAAGAAGUUGCAACUAAGAAUCAAGAACAUAUUGGACCUGAUGUUUCUUUAGCCACUUCAGCUAUAUGGUAUCAGAAACUUCAAUCUUUUCUUGGAGAUGAUGAAUCGGAGGAGGGAGAGGCACAUCAAAGUAAUGAUAAAGGUCUUGGUCUAAUGAAAACGACUAAGAAUGGUUUGCUAGCAAGCCCAUCAGGAAGAGUUAAUGAUAUAUCUUUGGAAGAUAAUACUAAUACAGAAACAAAAGACGGUUUGAUUAGUCCAGUAAAGACCUCGAGCAAGACCUUCUUGCCCCAAGAAGGUAGUUCUCUCGUAAAUUCAAGCCUCCCCAUGCCCGUUGCAAAGAAAUCGAACUCGAAGAGGCUAGCAUUUGUUUCUGUAGAACUUCCUAAACCGAUAACAUCUGGUUCAGUUGGAAUCCAAUUCAAUGAAAGUAAAGUUAAUAGCGUGGAAAAGGAGAAUCCAUUUUUCUCUUUGCUCAAUGGCGGAAAAGCCAAAAGCAGUUUAUUUUAAGGAGUAAAGAAAAUUAUAGAUAGGAGUUAUAUUCUUUGAAAUUGCACAUAUGCCAUUGUCAUUGGUUAUGGAAAAAUCACCCAUAAGGUUUUUUU